CGAUCUGCAUUAUCGUGCUAUAAACAAGGUGCGAUGUGUUGCAAACUUCAGAGCGUGAGUUGUUUUUUGUAGUGCAUGGAAAUUUGGUGUUUUUGUGCAAAUUUGCUGAUUUUACGGAAGUCUGCGACAAAAAAAUGCUAGACAAGGUGAAGCACAUUAUUCUGGUGCUAUCCGGAAAGGGGGGCGUCGGGAAAUCCACCGUCAGCACACAAUUAGCGCUGGCGCUGAAGGAAACAGGAUUUAAGGUGGGCCUUCUGGACAUUGAUCUCUGUGGACCUAGUGUGCCCUACAUUCUCGGAUUGGAGGGCAAGGAUGUCCACCAGUGCGAUGAGGGCUGGGUUCCUGUGUACACGGACAGUGAGCAGAGUUUGGCCGUGAUGUCCAUCGGAUUCUUACUGAAGAAUCGUGAUGAUCCCGUCGUUUGGCGAGGACCAAAGAAGACAGCGAUGAUCAGGCAGUUUCUCACGGAUGUGCACUGGGAUCAGCUUGACUUCCUGGUGAUUGACACUCCCCCGGGAACUUCCGAUGAGCACAUCACAGUGAUGGAGUGCAUGAAGGAGGUGAAAUGCGAUGGCGCUGUGCUGGUGACGACGCCCCAGGAAGUGGCUAUUGACGACGUGAGGAAGGAGGUGACAUUCUGCCGGAAGACGGGAAUAAAAAUCCUGGGCAUUGUGGAGAACAUGAGUGGAUUUGUCUGUCCGCAUUGCUCGGAUUGCACCAAUAUCUUCUCAACUGGAGGCGGAGCGGCUCUCGCGGAGAUGGUCAGUGUUCCGUUUCUGGGCACACUUCCAAUAGAUCCCAAAGUGGGAGAACUCGCUGGCACGGGUAAGUCUUGCCUCCGCGAACUUCCUGAGAGCUCCACAUCCGCCACUCUUCGUCAAAUAGUGUCAAUUUUGAGCAAAUGA